AUGGAGCAUCAAGAUUCAUCCAUCGCCGACAUCAGGAAUGCAACAGAAUCAAAGAAAAGGGCCACGGUGAGUCAGACUGAUGAACAACUAGACCCAUCACAGUCCUCCUCUGAUAAGACUUCGUCACCACCUGCCUCUCCUGCUGAUGAUCAACAUGCCUCUGAUGAGCCGUUAAUUGAGCGAAUUGUGAUUGAUAGACAAUGGGUAAAAACUGUAGAGAGUCCUCCCAUUCCUUAUCAGGCCUUUGGUCAGGAGUUUUAUUCAAACUUUAGGACUGAUAUUGACAAAGUAAGGUUGAAAAGAAAUCAUGUUUGUGUUAGAGGGCAUUGGAUUGAAUUCACUGUUGAGGUGGUUAGGAAGUUUUUAAAUCUUCCCAUUAUUGAGGAAUCUGAUGAUUUGACCAUCAGCCCUGAACACUUGGACCAGUUAGCCAUCAACCUUACUGGAGGGUCUGUUCUGAAAUGGCCUGAGAUUGGCCACAUUCCUUCCAAUAUGCUGACCCAGUUUUAUAAAAUCUUACUUAGGAUCACCGUGACAAACUGGUCUCCAUUGCUUCACAACUCCUCUGUGAGGCUUGAUAAAGCUAAGUUGAUCUAUGGAAUUGCAAAUCAAAAGAAAAUUGAUUUGACGGUUUUGAUUUACUCCAGCAUCAGGUUUGCUGCCAAAGCCAAAGGGAAAUCCCUUGCUUUACCUUUUGCUUCUUUAAUGCAUAGGAUUGUUACCUCCUAUAAUCUUAAGAUGCAACCAAUGGAUACCCAGCUGAAAAUCAGAUUCAUUACAGCCAAAACCUUCAAGAUCCCAACUGCAGUACCUGCUCAGGAUAUGCCUUUAACCUCUCAUGUUGCCUUCGGCAAAGCUAACUCUGGCCAGUCCAGAAUUUUUGAUCUUUUGCAGGAUAUGCUGAAAAAGAUCCAAAGUGAUCUUCCUUCAUCUUCGGCAGCUGCUCCUUCAUCAUCUGUUCCAAUUCCACAGGAACCCCCAAUUGGAACUCAACAAGCAGCUGCUGGUUCUGAUCAAGUAGAGGAUGAUCAAGCUACUACUCGUGCUCAAGCUGCCUCUCUUGCUUCAGAAAAGGAUGACCAAGCUACGACUAUUGAUCAAACAGAGACUGCCUAG